CUGGUCCAGGUUGUUUGCCGCAAAACAACAACACGAUGUCGCUGGCCAAGAAGCACGUGCUGGGCUUCUCACCCAAUGGAGGACAAUACUUUGCCCUGGUGGACGAGCACGGGGUCCUUCGUAUAUGGGAUACAGAGGCCAAUUCACUAAAACAAGAGUUUACAGCCAAUCUAUAUCUCUCCGGAGGCUGCACUGCUCUCACAUGGGUUUCUGUGGGCGCUCCACCAACUCCGCGUGCCAAGAAGUCCCGCAAGUCUCAGAAUGAUUCGGUGGUCGGCAGUAAUAAAUUGUACAUAGCUCUAGGCACAUUGAAAGGCAUUGUAUCUUUAUAUUCAUUGGCGGAGGGACAGAUCGAACGCACAUUGAGCGGGGACAAUCAUGAUGGUCCAGUCACCUCAAUUGCCUAUAAUCAGAGCAAGGGGCAUCUAUAUACAGUGGGAACAGACUGUCGUGCCCUGGUGUGGUCCAUAGCCGAGGAACGUUGCAUUGCCGACUGGCAGGUGGGACCUGAGAAGCCGCAUAAUAUUGUUUACCUGGCUAAAAGCCGCUCAUUAGCUGUUGGAGCGCGUUCGCUAAAGAUCUUUGAUGUUGAGACCAAAGAAUUGGUUGAGACAUUCACUGGGCACUCAAGCGAUAUAAAUGCAAUGACCAGCAUAGCUGACAAUGAUCUAGAAUACAUACUUACCACAGCUCGCAUGGAGCGAGUCAUUAGUUUCUGGAAAAUUGAUAAACGAGGCAGAAAUAAGGCAUCGGCUUGCACUUUGCUAAUGGAGGAUCUGGCUUACUGCUUGGCCAGCGAAGUACACACCGAGGAUGGGUCAUUGCGGGUGGCUAGUGUGACACGAAAUGGCAAUAUUCACAUAUAUUUACUCAACAUAAAUGGCCUCUCAUCAGAAAAAUAUAUUAAGCCGAAAGUUUCCCUGCAAAUAGCCUCUGAUGGAGCCAAGACUGUGGAACCUCUUCAUGCAGUUGCCGCCCAUUUUGUUCAAGAUAAAACUCGAACCCAUGAAAUCCUCUUUGGCUAUGGCAGUCGCAGUUUACUGCAGUUUGAACGUUUUACUCCCAAUUAUGCCGAGAAAUUAAAUGUCAUUGUGAGAGCCGAUCCCAAGAAAUUAUAUGCCAAAAAACAACAAAAAGAUGAACCCAUCACCGGCCUAAAAACCGAAAUACCCAGGGAUAAUGUAAAGAGAGUAGAGUACAAUAGCGCUUUGCCUAUUUCCAAGAAAAAAGUACAAAAUGAGGUGCCCAUGGAGGCGAGAUUGCAACAUUUGCAAUUGAAUGCCACAAAACCAACAGCCAAUAAAUUGCAAAUGCAAAGCAAGACCCAACUAUUGAUGCAGGCAUUGCACAGUAAGGAUCAGACAAUGAUACAAUCAGUGCUUAAUACACUUGAUACAGAAACUAUACAAUUGACUUUGGAACGUCUGCCGCUAGAGUAUGUGAAUCCAUUGGUUCAUGAAUUAUCCCAGUUGCUACAGGGCAAGCAUGCAAGUGUCGCCUGUGGUCUACGUUGGUUACGCAUCCUAGCCUCAACCCACACUAGUGUCCUAAUGUCCGAGGAUAAGGACGCUUUACGUGAUAAAUUGGGCAUUUGCCUCGGCAUUGCAGAGCAGCGUAUGAGAUGUCUCACUGAAGCUUUGCAAAUAACGGGACGCGUCAAUUUGAUUAUAAACCAAAUGAAACGUAAUGCUGACAAUCAUUUGAAUGAUAAUGGUGUACUCAUUGUCGAUGAGAAUCAACGUGAGGCUCGAGAAGCACAGUACGAUGAUAACAAUUGGAGUGAUCUGGAAGAGGAUGAUAAUGUCAGUUCAGAGGAUGACAGAGACGUCGAUCAAAAAGAUGCGAAUGAUGAUGAUGAUGAUGAUGAUGAUAAUAAUGUCGAUAUGGCAGCAGAUGAUGAUGUGGCUGCUGAUGAGGAGGAUAUUAUAAUGACACAAGAUUCGGAUAAUGAUGAUGACGAUUCAUCAGACCCAACAGACUCAUCUGAAGACGAGUAAUACUUUUUUUUUUUGUUAUAAAUAAAACUCUCGAUUUUCCAAACACAA